CUGUGUUUGGUGUUGUGAUUUUGCAGUGUCUUGUCAACAAAGAAGAUAUGUUAAUUGGUAUCUGUGGAGGAAUCUGUGCUGGGAAGCACACUGUGGCCCAGUACUUGGUCGAGCAUCACGGUUUUACCCACCUCUACCUUCGACAGGACACCACCACUGAAGAUGAUUACAUGCGUCAACAUGGAUAUGGAAAUUAUAUAGAGGAAGAAGGUUUAAUAUCUACGCGUCCCCCUCCCCAGUUCAAUGGCAUUGUACGAAAACCAAAGCCCAACCCCACAACAUACACCUUCGACACCACCGAAGAUCUGCUGGAAUUUGUCACAAAACAAUGGCGGGAACGAUGGGUUAUAACAGAUAUCCAUACGGAAUCCAUCUUGGACCGGCUUGUCUCCCGGCCGUUCUUUAUCCUUGUCAGUGUCGACGCCCCUGUCAGUGUACGAUGGCGGCGUUUCCAAGCUCGCUUGCAGAAGACGCAACCCUCCAGCCAAAGCCCCAGCCUCGAAGACUUCCUCCUGAAAUCCGAUGAACAUCUCUACUCUCCUGACAGGGGCCUCUUGCCCAUUAUCUCCCGCGCUACCAUUCGGCUCAUCAAUACCUCCUCUGAUCUCGCACAUCUCUAUGCAACGCUGGGCAAAUUGGAUCUCACAAACGAGGAUAGGCUGCGACCUAGCUGGGAUCAAUACUUUAUGCGACUUGCCUCGCUGGCUGCGCAGAGGAGCAACUGCAUGAAGCGACGUGUAGGUUGUGUUCUGGUCAGAGAGAAACGUGUCAUAAGCACCGGCUAUAAUGGUACCCCGCGGGGCCUGAAAAAUUGUGGUGAAGGAGGCUGUCCGCGAUGUAAUGCAGCUCAAGGAUCCGGUGUUGGCCUGGGAACAUGUCUAUGUAUACAUGCCGAAGAGAAUGCCUUAUUAGAAGCUGGAAGGGAGAGGAUUAGAGAGGGUUCAAUCCUCUAUUGCGACACUUGUCCUUGCUUAACGUGCAGCAUCAAGAUCGCGCAAGUUGGGAUCAGCGAGGUAGUUUAUAGUCAAGGAUACAGCAUGGACACCGAGACCGCAGCGGUCUUUACACAGGCAGGUGUACGGUUACGACAGUUCAUUCCGCCCGCCAAUGGCUUAAUCCAUCUAGAAAGCCAAAUUCUAUAGUAGUUGGUGGAGCCUACUGGAACAGUUCAACUUUCCAGCAACUGAUUCUUCCCCUUGGAUUUCAGGUCUAAAAAGCUUAGAUGAAGAAGAGGGACUCUUCUUCAUAGAAAAGAAGUCUCCAUCGUCUCUGCGAGAAAUCAAGGAUUAUGUAUCAACGCACCUCUAUGAUCUCUGCUGCUUACAGUUCAGUUGGAUGGUAGGAUAGCAAGGCUAGACAAUACCUACUUGGUCAUUAUCC